UUUUCAUGUCAGUUUUGUGUUGUGCGUAGUUGUGGUUCAGUUUCUGAUGGCUUGAUUAAUUUUAUUAUAAUUUUAUUUUUCUAUUCCAAUCACAUAUUUUGGUUCGAGCUUGACCAGUGAUGGCUUUGCUACCGCCCGACCCGGUUUACACCAUUCGUAACGUCGACAAUUCGCCCGUUUACUCGUUGGCGUUCAGCUUCCUUCCCGGCGGUCUCGAGAGGUUGCUAGCCGGCUCGAAAAAUGGAUAUGUUUAUGCAUACAACCUUCAGACUAAUCGGGUCCAGCAAAAAAUCAAAGUUGGUCAAGCUCCCAUCCUCCAUCUCAUUCAUACAGACAGCCAUAUGAUAACCCAAGAGAAGGGUGGCAUAUAUAAAAUAUUCAACCUCACCAACUCAGGCUACAAAGAAGCAUUCACAAUUGACACCGACUACCCUGGAUUCUGCCGCUUUGACGCCAACACAAAACUCGAAACACUCUACGUACCUGACAGGGAAUCCACAAUAUACAUAUACAACUUCAAUGGUGAAAAAGUUGGGUUUCUGAAACCUGAUAAUGAAUUACCAAAACUAGGCGAUCCGAUGUGUCUAAAGUAUAUUGAUUUUCCAAACAAUAGACCCUGCUUGUUGGUGGGCUACGAAGCGGGGUGGCUCUUGCUCUGGGAUCUCAGCACUAGUCAAUACAUAAGCAAGUUGCAGACAAAAGAAUGCCCCAUGUCUGUGGAUUUUCAUAUAGAACAACAGAGAGGAAUAGUGGGCAAUGUCUCAGAUGUGGUACAGAUAUUUAACAUAGGAAAGAAAGACCUCUCACUGAGCCACAAGCUGGACAUAAACAUCAAAAAUCCUGGCGUAAAUAAAGUUAACACUCGGAAUGAUGGCCGGGUGUUUGCAUCUGGCGGUUGGGACGGCCACAUCCGUAUCUUCUCUUGGUUUUCGCUACGACCUUUAGCUGUGUUGACAGAACAUAGACAGGCAGUACAAGAAGUUGUUUAUUCCACCCAAAAAGUAUCAUAUUGGAAUGCAAACAUAUUGGCAGCUGGUGGUCUUGAUGGUGCUAUCACACUUUGGGAUUUAUAUAACAACAAGAAAUAAUAGACCUUAGUCUCAAAGAUGCCUUGAAUUCAUCCAAUAGAAAGCCAUGAACAAGAUGAUAAUUUUGUUUAUACAAAUUGGUAUGCAUCAAGCACAUUUACUAUAUUGUUUACAGCUUUAUUGUGGUGAUAAUAUUUCUUAUAUUCAAACUUAAAAUUAAGGCAACUUGUCUUUUAAAAAAUACCUCGAUCUCAGAAAAUCCUGCUAUGAACUCAGAUACAGUAUACAAUAUGUGGCUCAUUGCACAGUUGUAAGCAAUUUGUAUCACUCAUUUGCCUGAAAUAAAUGUAACUAUAAUGAUCAACCUAAUAUGUAUUUCCAUUCAAUAAUAUAAAAAACUUGUUUUUGCCCAUGACAUUAUUUAUUGAAAUAAUGAUGGUAUUGGUAUGAGGUAUUGUAUUGUAUGAGCUCAGCAACUAAGCAUUUAGGGCAAGCCCAUUUUAUGGUAAGCCUCAUUUGGGCAAGCAACAUGCCCAAAUAAAAUUCCAGAUGCCACACUCAAUUAAUAACUGCAACUGUUACAUAUUUUGUUGAAAAUAGUAUCUGAUGUGAUACUGCCUUAAAUAACACUCAACGACUAGAUGCUAUAACAUCACUAAUUUUUCUCCCUCCUAAGCAUAAAAUUAAUUCUAGUUGCAUGUGUGAGAAUAACCAACAACAGCUAGGCUUUAUUUUGUAACAAUAUUUUAAUAACUCUUAAGUGCAAGUUUUGAAUUCACCUCUACCUCUCUCUGUUUAACAUGAUACUAUAAAAUGAGAAAGAUAGCGGUUAAUUCAAAACUCGCAUUUAAUUGUAAAAAUUCAAAUUUCAGUCCACCUAUGAACAUGUACUGUCUUUCUGUCUUAAGGAAUUUCAUAUUAUUCUGACUUCAGACUUUUGAAUGAAUUUAAUAUUAUAAUUUUCCAUGCAAUUUAAGUGUCAAUUUUUAUCAUAAUUGAAUUGUAAUAUAAUUGAAUUACUUGCAGUUUUACAAGAAAUCCUUUUCUGUUGAAAGAGAAUCUGUGAACAUAGGUUUUAUUUUCUGGUAUGUUCUCAAUCUGUAAACAAGGGCUUUGCAAAAAAGAUUUCUUAACUUGAUUUUGUAAUAAAAAAUUAUUGUUAUAAUUUCAUAUUGUUGUAAUGCCAAUAUUGCCUUUCAUUGAAAAAUGCUUUAAUUAUUUGUGAUUACAUUUUUUGGUAGGGUUUAGAUGAUCCAGCGUGCACAGACACUUUUUUUAUUGAACAUGAUCCAGUGUCAGUAUAACUGAAUCAAGGCUUGUGAUCCACAUUUAUUAAUUCACUGAUAAUUAUCAUGGUGUAUUCUGGUAUACAUGUUUGCUUCUUUUCUAUGACCCUUUGUAAAUGUCGUCAAUACAAUUAUACCAAUAAUGAGGUAGACAAAACGAACAUUAGUUUUUAUUGAUUGUAGUCUCUCUGACACAAUUCUGUAAUCUAUCACAAUUCUGAUUAAAAUGAAAAAUAUUAAUAACUUUAUGCAGUGAAGGUAACAUCAUAUCAAGUUUUAGUUUUUUUUUGCAUAUCAGUGGUUUUACUCAUAUAUGCAUAUUGAUAUUUUAUUAUUGAUUGAUGACUUUAUAGAUAAAAAAAAAUAUCUACAUUCUCUCAUCUGUUUCUAAACAUUAGUAUAAAGCAUCAAAAAAUGUGGAUCACAGAGUGUGAUCCAAAAAUCUUGAUCCUGUAUUAUGAUCCAUGCAGUGUAGCCAUGCCUCUUCUAACCCUUGCCGAUGUGCCGUAAAGCCGAUUGGAUCUCAUGUAUAUGUACAAAUAUAAGUGAAAAUGAAUUAAACUCGCAUAUCCACUGCACGUGGCGAAGCUUCUAGAAGCUGUGAGUAAUUGUUGAAUGAUAUAGUGGUACUAUAUUCCGUAAAAUGGUUUAUAUAGCGACGUUUUGAAGACAUUAAAAGCAUAUGAAAUAUGA